AUGAAUCCCCCGCGCGGAGCAGCCCUCUGGCUCCGCCGCGCCCGCGAACUCGUCUCAGACCUCCAAGCGCACGCGAGCGCAACGUCUGCGCCAGCGCCAUCCCCACCAGCUUUCAGACCACCCGACUGGCUCCGGCCACCAUGGGAUCCGGCCCCCUCUCCACCGCCUAGUACCACCAGUCCCAGCAAUAUCCCAAGUAAUGCUGAACGAUGGCGGAACGCCUACCGUUCGCCCGCACCACCAGCAUACCGCCUCCCUCCCCAACAACACCACCAUCCCCCGCCGCCCUUCCCGGCUCCGUGUGAUGAACCGUCUUGCGGACAUCCCGUCUCUGCUGAACUGCAGGGGAAGAAGAGUGAUGAUGAGGCGGGCGCGCAGAUGCGUGAGGUGCUCCGUUCCGUCGCGCAGCCCGUCGUCGUGGCCGUCGCGCGGACUGAUAACGAAACGACACCAUUCCACGGCGCGACGCUCACUUCCUUCGCAUCUCUCACGCUCGAACCACAUCCCCUCGUCGCGUUCUCCCUUCGCCUCCCGAGUCGAAUGGCCGAUUGCCUACGUCCUCCUCCUUCCUCUCCUCGCACGAGCGGCGAACCCGUCCCAGCGCAUCUUUGUGCCCCUCGAGCCGCGCCGACACGUCUCACUAUCAGCUUGCUGGCUGGUGAUAACCAGGGCGUGGCGGACGAGCUUGCUACACCAGGUAUCGACCACUCGGCCAUUUUCCGCAGCGAUGAGUGGGACACCCGCGAUCCACCUGCGCUCAAAUCAGCCGUGGGAUGCCUCGAGUGCCAGGUGGUGCAUAAUCUCCCACUGCGGGAUGUUGGUGGCAAGACGAGUAGCAGCAAGGAGGGGAGCGAGCUGUUCAUCUGCCGCGUGCUCAAGGCUGAGCGGUGCGAGGGGGCUGAUAGCCUCGUGCAUUUCCAGCGCGACUACUUCUCCGUACGCAAGUGA